AUGACAGCUAAUAUACCAUCUUUGCUGACGCUACUGCAUGGUUGAUGUUUUCGGCGGAAGACUCAAUCUAAUCUGGAAUUUGUUGAACAUAUUUGUCUGUUAGGACAAAGUAAUUGUUACGUGUUGUAGCCAAUCCGUUGAUUUUCUUGCGUGACUUCAUAUAUUAUAUGAUGGAUGACACGACUGUAGAUGAAUGGAUGAAUUUCUUCCGGGAUGCAGGCAUUCCACCAAAUGUAUCAGCCUCAUAUGCAUCUAGCUUCUGUCAAAACAGAAUCCAUUUAAAUAUGGUUCUUGAGUUAAAUAGGGAUCUUUUGAAGGAAUUGGGAGUUAAUCUAAUUGGUGAUGCCAUUGCAAUAUUAAGACAUGCCAAAUCUUUCCAUGAACAGAAUGUUCGUCAGAAGAUACUUGACAUAAUGUCAUCAGAAUGUCAAAAAGAACAUAAAAAACCUGAAGAAUGUAGUAAGAAAGUAGUAUCUACUACAGAUGUGGCUUCAACAAAUAAUAGGUGGUUUGAUGGUGGCAUUCUUCCUGUAGUUGAGGCAGAGACAACAGAAGAAAUGAGUACUCCAUGCAGUGCUUCAAGAAACCAGAAUAGUCUUCGGACAUCUUAUUCGGAAUGUUUUCUAAUGAGAGGACCUGUUGAAUCAAGCAGCACAUUGCCCGUAAAACAAACAACUGUUUCUUCACGUGUUUCAGGAGGUAAUUACAUAUGCAGAAGAAAUCAGGGUAUAAAGAGGCCAAUGCAGCAGAGUCCUGUCUCUACAAUAGUUUCUACAUCUCAGCAACCUGCAGGUAGAUUACCAUGUGAAACAGAAAAUACUCACCCAGCUGCUUGUCAGUCAAUACGUAGGAUAGAACGCAAUACUUUUGAGGAUACACUAGAUGGAAUCCUUGCCACAACAAACAUGAAGAGGAAGAGAACUUUAUCGUGUUGUGGACCUAUUGAGAAAGAACAAUUUGAUCCAAAUGUUUGUAUGCAGUCAGUAUGCACUAGGGCUGCCAAUCAAUCUGUCUAUGACUCUCAAAGUACUGCAGAAAGAGUUCAGUCAGAGGGGUUACAGGUUCGAGAGUCUUCUCAAUUAGAUAUUAGUUUACCAAGGCAGGAUGUUAAAAAUGAAAUGAUAGAAACUGAAGACCCUGUAGAAAACCAUUCAAGUUUUUACCCAAGAUGUCAGCUGCCUUUACAGCGGAGGCAGGAAGAAUCACCAACACAGACAUGUACUCAAGAUCAAUCUCAGGAGAGAAUGCAGGGGUUCCAGUCACUACCAAACAAACAAUCACAAUCUCAAACUAUGUCAGUGUCACAGUUUCCAUCUCAUGUGGCAUCAUCUUCACAGUCAUCAUUUUUAAGAAGGCCAAAUUCUCAUAUGCAGUAUCAACCUGCAUUAAAGUUACAUCAUGAAUCCCAGUCAUCAUUGUGUCUUCAGCCAUCAGUGCAGCCUAAGACAGCAUAUGCAGUAUCCUCUCAGGCAAAUGCACACAAGAAUGUGAAAUUACAGAAUAAAAAAGUGAUGCAGUGUAAUUCUGCUCGUUCCUGCUCCACAACAAAGCUGAUUCUUGCAACUGGCAAAAAUAUAAAUAAAAAAUUUAAAUUACUGCAUUCUUUCCCAAGGACACCGUGUGUGACCCCGGAUCCACAUUCAACCGAGUGCACUCAAGGAAAUGAGGUACAAAGACCUGUAAGCUCAUGGGUUGUUUGUGCAUGUAACAACAAGUCUGUUGUGAAAAAGACUGAAAAUGAGGAAAAGGGGGAACUUUCGCAGACUGUGUUAGAAUCUGAUAAUGCAACAUGUGUAUUGCAGAAUGGAUCUCAGACUACGUUCAUUGAUGCUGGUGGUGACUUGCUGGGAGAAGAAAUGAAUGCCUUGACAGAUACAUCUGCAGUAAGAGGGGAUACUCAGCAGUUGUCUAAACCAUUGGCACACACAUUUGACAGCUGUUUAUAUGAAGGUUCUUCCUCUCAUACCUUCAAUAACUCUAGCAAUGACGCUGAAAAUAAUUCGCAACAUGAGAGAGUUCCUGGUCAAAUAUUUUCUCGCUUAGGCGUGAAAGUUGAAUUGGUGUCAGUGGAUAACAACGACUGUAACACAUCAGUUAAAAAUGAUACUUUACCAACUUGCAGAUUUGGUAACAACGUUAAGUACAAGAUAAAUAAACCAAAAAAACAUAAAAAUUUAGCAAGUAAAUUUGCUAAAAUAAUGGCAGUUAAACAGUUGCCUAGAAACAAAUUACUCAAGAGGAAAAUUAUGUUCACAGCAUUUCAGAAAACCUCCACAAUUGGCGCACAAAACAUUGUACCAGAUCAGACACGACAGGGAGUUCCUUCUAUAAACGGUGGACAGCCACAACUGCGAGGUAUUUUGAAACCACAGACCAUUACUUUAGAGCAACGGCAAGAUGUGGAACCAGAAGAAGAGGAUCAGUCACAGAAAAUGACUGCAAACAAGCUUCUGGAAUCUGUAGCCAGAUCUCGUGCUUCAGAUUUGGGAGUGGUUUGUGAUGCUAUCCAUUAUUUGAGUAAUGAUUCCACAAAAUCCGAAGAUGGAGAUUAUAUUUGUCGGAGCACUGAUAAUUUUUGCAGUGAUGAUGAGCAGCAAGAGGAACUCAGCAGGGCUCCCACUAGUGACACCUGUAAAACAGUACGUUUUGGACCUGUUUGUAUCAAGGAAUUUGAGAAAGAUACAUUGUCGUCAUCAGGAAAAACAGCAACAAAUUCUAGACCUCCCAUCUUCAGAAGGUUGGGUGCCAGGAGGAAAGGAAUAUAACAGAUUACUGUAUUUGCAGCUCACAAUAUCUAUUUAACGUAUAUCUUCUUGGUGUGUCCAUCUUUAAGAAACCAAUUUAGUAUUCUUUUGUACGUUAUGUUGUAAACAUAGUAUAUUGCAAGAUGAUUGAUGUACAGUGGAUGUAUUAUUUACAGCAGAACUUUUUUCUAAUAAAAAUUAAUAUAUAUUACCAUCAGUUUAUCACCAGAAAAUAUAUAAUCUACCCUGCAGUUUUGUGAAUUUUUGUACCAGUUUAUCUGGUGGCUGCUGUCCCAUCCCCCCCCCCCCCCCCCCCUGUCUUCCCUCCCUCUCUUACCCUCUGCCACAAACGCAUCUUCACAUUUUCUUCUGUAGGAUCUCAAACUUUCAUUUUGUAUUGAAAUGUUUGUUACAUUUAUAAUAAAUGAAGGCUUUCCAAAUAUUAAAUUAAGAAUGUUAAAACGGGCUGAAGCACGUAAUAUGACAGUUUUUACGGAGUUAUCUAGUGACAAAGAUUGUAUACAAACUACACUAUAUAUGUGGUUAUAAGAGGUCUUAUUAUUCCUUUCUGUGUACUUCCCUUGGAAUGUUAACUAAAGCAAUUUUUGUGUAAACUAUUAGAUUCUGUAUCCAAAAAGAUCAAGAUUCUUGUAUGGUGUUGUUAAGAAAGAAAUUGGGGUGAGCCACAUGUAGUUUACUUGGAGGCACUACUCUGAGAGGUGCAGUGAAAGACCUCAAGCACAUCAUCCACUCCCCCACCCCUUCCCCGAAAGGGUCAGCUUUUAAGGGAAUAUAUAAAAAAUCAAAUCGUGCAGCUUGAGAUGUUUGGUAAGGAUACAACUUGUGGCAUAUUCCAUACUAAGAUUUAAGGUGUGUUGAAUUGGUCUGAGUGAGGCGGUAUAUACUGCAACUGAAAAUUGAUAUUUUCAAAUCAAUCUUCUUUCACAGACAGUUAACAAGCCUGGGAAAUAUGGUGGUAAGUGCCCUAAUAAGCAAAACAGAGGCAAUGAUAUCACAAUUGAGAGCCUUGACAGGGAAAUAAAUUAAUAUUUAUCUUUGAUGGAAAGCUGAUCUUGUUGCUUGUGAUGAGUGACAUUCUUUUAUUUUUGAAUGUAGAUUUUGCUGCUGACUACACCAGAUUCCAAUGUACAAACAGCUUUCUUAUUUUGCUCCUUGAACUCAUAAGGAAAAAUUGUUUUCUUCAGAAAGUCAAGGAUAAGAAAUUUUCAGUUCAGGAAUUGUGUUGUCGUUCAGGGCGUUUCUAAGUGUAUCUUGCCUGCUUAUUGUCAGUGACUUAGGUAUCUGUUACAAUUUUAAAAAUUUGUCAAUAACAUUACACUGUGUAGCCUUUAUUCUCAAAAUUUUGUAAUAAUUGGUAUUGUGUUUGUUGUAUUUUGAAUAAGUAUUGUAAAAAAGGUCUCUGUAUUCCAGAUUGUGUACAAAGAGUAUUACAGCUACUGCUGGCACAGUUGUAAGACUAUUUUAUUUGCAAUUGUUAAAUGAUUACUUGGGUUUUGCAUCUGAAGCACUACCAGAUUUAAUUAUUUAUAUUUGUGGAUUGCUUUACAUUUUAAAAGCAUGUCACGAGGCAGUGUUGACUGAAAAUGAUCUCAGUGUUUCUUUAGUUACUAUUCUUAUUGGUCGUAACCUGUGUUUG